UAGCUGAGUUAGUGUUUUUAUUUGAGUUGGAGUGAUGGGUGUGCGAGCGCUGGAGCGGAAGGGCGGGUCGAAGAAGGUUAAAAAACCGCAAGAGGGGAAGUACAGGGGAGUCAGGAGAAGGCCCUGGGGUCGGUAUGCUGCGGAGAUCAGAGACCCGCAUACGAGGGAGAGGAGAUGGCUGGGGACGUUCGACACUGCCGAGCAAGCUGCAGUGGCAUACGAUUUGGCCGCCAGAUCCAUGCGCGGGUUGAAAGCAAGGACCAACUUUGUGUACCCAACGCACCAGACCUGUUUGAUGUCAGCCGCGCUCGCAGCUUCGCGAGCCUCCGGGCAAUCGAAGGGAGAAGGUUUCUUCGGGGGUGUGCAUGGUGGUAAAUCAGGUCGGAAUUUGGACUGGAGCAUGACCUUGAUGCCUGAUGGGAAAAAUGACGGUGCUGCUCUCUCCAGCCGCAACUUCAUGCUGGGUUCGAUGGAUACGUUGCUGGACCCUUCCAGUGAACCAGCUUUCAGGCACAUGUAUGAAACAGUGGAGAGGCUAGCGAGCGCCAUCAGUGAUCCUCGACCAAGGAAAUCGUUGCAUGAGGAUGGCGAUCUGCUGAACCAACAUGCCUGCGGCAAGGUGACGGAUGUCCGAAGAAGCUCUGGGAGAAGAGACCAGUGGGCGGUUCUCGAUGUCAGAGAAUCUGCCCUCAGUCAAAGCUUGGAGCAGAAUACUGGUGGAAAAUCUGUGUUGUGUGAAGGACGUGAAUGUGCCAUAGUUGAAGUAUCACAUCCCGAGGUUACUUGCAUCGGAAGCCAACCAAGUUUUUAUCACGAGAUAUCGGCAUCCAAUGAGUCAUCCUUGACUGAGAGCGGUGGUCCUCUGCGUAGCCGCGAGAGUGGUCAAAUCUCCCGAGCCUCCAGCUCGUCGAAGUUUUAUGAGCAUGGGCCGGGUACCCUCUCUCAAGUGGUCUCAAAAUACGUCACAGUUGAUAAGGAAACUCUCACAGUUAGUUCAAGUUCCCCGGACAACCGCCUCGUUGACUCGAGCCAGUGUUUCUUAUCAACCCAAGUCUCCUACUCCGAAGACUCAUCCAGUAAUUUGGUAGUGUCCUCCUACAUUGACACUGCCACUUCACCAGACUCCGCACGCUUCAUCCCCUCCUCAGUCGAGUCUUCAGAGCCAGGCUCUGCAGCUGGAGUGACAUUUUGCAACACCUCCAGCUCCAAUCGAAACCCGGAUAAUUUGCAGAGCAUCUUACCACCCAAUGUCAGCUCUGCGAUGCACAACGCUCCGCGACCAGUAUAUGCACAGCCGUGCUUGGAUGAACCCCGGCCUGGCUUGACACAGAACGCUACAUGGAGCGACGUCACUCAUGAUCGAGCGGAAAGCUGGAGGAAUCUGUGCGAGCCUCCAGCCGCAUGGCAAUACUACACUGAUCCAGGGAUGGUAGCGAAUGAUAUGGAGGAUGAACUGGUGGACGUGACGCGUGAGCUUGCCAUGAGGACGUCAACUGCCUGCCAAGGCACCCAAGAUGGUGGGUGUGGUGAGUGCUUCAUGAGCGGAGAUUGGCUGUUUCCUCAUUGCGACGCUGCUGAUUCCUCCUUCUCAUGUAUGUCUGAUAUCAGUGGCGACGAGUAUCUAUGCAACGAUGGGUAUUCCAGUGCUGGGGUUCACGUUAGUUCUCUACUUCAUCAUGCAUUUUAUGAUGCACAUCAGUCCCUUCCGGUUCUGUUGGAGGCGUCGAUGGACUACAACGCUCUGGGGAUGUGAUCUUGAAUCAAGCCAGGCCUUAGCUUCCGACAUCACUGAACAGGCCUUCCCUUUCCGCUACGGUAACAAUUCGAGCUCCAGUAUCUCCGUAGAUUUGUUGAAGCUCUUCACGGAUACGUCAGUGUACACAUGAGAUUAGGAAGAGCAUCCAGAGAAGCUGUUGUGACAUUGUCAUUGUGCAUAAUGUAUAUAACUAUAUCCUUCCGUCACUUUCUCUUGUAAGCAAUCAAAUAUGUUUCAGACGAUCGAAAUCGUUGAAAGACAAAAACUCAAUAGUGCAAGGGGCGUUUUCGACAGAGUAGAAUCGAGAGCAAAUAGUAUCAUUUUUUUUGCUCUCCUGUUGCAGUAUUACGCUACACACAACCUUUGUACAAAGCUUUGAUCAGUCACCAUUUUUGCUAAGCCGAGAUUGAACUCUGAA